AUGGAUAUUGACGAACAAAUUAUUCAAGAUUAUUCAAAUUCAAAAUUAGAUGUCGUUCAAAUUGAUGGUUUAGUUGUAUUAAAAAUCAUUAAACAAUGUAAAGAAUAUUUACCAGAAUUAGUUCCAGGUCAAUUAUUAGGUUUAGAUAUUGGUACAAGUUUAGAAGUUUCCAAUUGUUUCCCAUUCCCACCACGUGAUCAAGAAGAUGAAAAUAGUGAAUCAAUUGCAGAUUAUCAAUUAGAGAUGAUGAGAUUUUUACGUGAAGUCAAUAUCGAUUCCAACACUGUCGGUUGGUAUACACCAACUUAUCUCAAUUCAUUCUUUAAUGAAUCUGUCAUUGAAACUCAAUAUAACUAUCAAGCAACCAUCAAUCAAAAAUGUGUUGUAAUUGUUUAUGAUCCAAUUAAAACUUCACAAGGUACACUCUCCUUAAAAUGUUAUCGUUUAACUCAAUCUUUUAUGGAAUUAUUUAAAGAUCAAUCUUUUUCAAGAGAAAGAUUAGAUCAAGCAAAUUUAAGUUUUAAUGAUAUUUUUGAACAAAUUCCAAUUAAAAUUCAUAAUUCACAAUUAAUUAAUGCACUUUUAUAUGAAUUUGAUGGUGCUUCAAAUAAUUUGACAAAUAGUUUCGAUAGAUUAAACAUUAGCAAUAAUAUUUAUUUAGAAAAAGUCGUUGAAGGUAUGACCGAUUGUCUCGAAUCAUUGAAUCAAGAAUUGAAUAAAGUUUAUAUCAAUCAAAGAAAUAUUCAAACUCAAAAGACUAACUACAUUCAACAAAAGUUUUUAGAAGGUCAAAAAGUAGAUGAAGAUGAACUUGCCUCCAUGAUCAAACCACUCAAUCCACCUUCAAAAUUAACUUCCCUCUUACUCACUAAUCAAAUCAAUAACUAUACCGAUCAAAUUCACUCUUUCAGUGGAAAUAGUCUCACUAAAUUAAGUUUAUUAAAAGAUUUACAAAAAUAA